AACACGAAGGUUGUCACUUCUCGAUUCUUCCUUGUUCUGAGUGCUUCGGCGAAUUUUUCCUCGACAUGUCGCAAGAUAUUAAAUCGUUUUUCCAUGAGUGGUGUGCGAAAAACCGGGUUGAACCAAACUACGAGGUUCGACCAACCGGUCCUAAGCAUCGGCAACGUUUCUUGUGUGAAGUUCGUGUUAAUGGCUUCCCUUACGUUGGGGCUGGAAAUUCUACGGUGAAAAAGGAUUCGGAGAAGAAUGCUGCUCGCGAUUUUGUUCAAUAUUUAGUGCGAAGUGGAAAAGUGCAAAGUAGUGAUGUGCCGGCGGAAGCAUCAGUUGGAGUGGGACCGGAACGCGUCUCGACACCACCCCCGCCCAGCAUGGGUGGCGGAGGGGAUCACCAUCAGGCCAACGUGUUUAGAGACGGAAUGGGACCUCAAGAUCUGGGAAACGCGUAUCGACCGUUUAUCGAUCGGGCCCAAGAGCAGAAAAAAAUGGAGGAGGCGGAAGGUGUGGAUGUGAACGCGACGAUCCAUGGAAAUUGGACGAUUGAAAAUGCUAAGGCGAAACUCCAUCAGUACAUGCAAAUGAACAAAAUCUCGGCGGAUUAUAAAUAUUCGCCGAUUGGGCCGGAUCAUGCAAGGUAUCAAACGGUUCGAGCUGGAAUUGUUGACAACGAGCCUCUUAAGAUCAUAAAAUGUUUAUCAUAAUUUUACUGCCCGCAUUGAAUUGAAAUCAACAAGUCAAUGUUGGUAGACAGAAUUGAUUUUAUGUUUAGUUUAGUGUGUGGGUUUGUAGUUGCAGCCAGGAAGUUUUGGAGGUUUAACACAUCGUUCAAUAAGUCCCGGGACUAACUAUGAAAACAACAUUUGAUUGGCAAAAUUCUUUAUUAUUCAUCAACAUAAUCUCCUUCAAGGGUUAUACAAUCAUUCCAACGCUUCUCUAA